AUGUCGCUAAUCUUUCAACGCGGGUUUCUCGCCCUCGCAGGCCCUCAGAUCGAUGCACUCGCCCAGAAGGCCAUCGCAGACUUCGAACACACGACCUACGCUGAACAUGGCAGUGCUCUCCACGAUGCGCAAUUCUCUAGCUUUCACAUCACAGUUUGCACCAAAGACGAGCUUCGCGAUGGCUCCGUCAAGGCAGCACUCCCCUCCCUUGACUCCGUCGACACGCAGCAUCUCUACGUCGUCGGGCUGGCCGGUAACCCCAAGCUCGGAGUGUUUUACUUGGUCGUCAUCUGGGCCCCGGGACAGAGUCUGCGGAAACGGGUUGGACUCAAACCGAAGCAGUUCCACAUCACGCUCUCAAAGCACGACGACCACACCCUCAACAAGGGCUUCGACGCCGUCCUCCCUCGGAACUACUGCUCAAGCCUCUCAUGGAUGAAUACAGACUUUCUUGAUCAUCUAGCGUUCACGCUGCACGCAGAGGGCAACUUCACUCGCGCACGUGAGAUCGCCAGCAAACUGAUCAACGUCGAUCCUCAAUCGGAGUGUGGCUUCCUACGACUCGCCGAUGCUGCGGUCAAGGAGGGCCAGUUCAAGCUCGCCAUGCUCGGCUACGCAUGCGCCUACGACCGGUGCUCGGGUCCGAAGGCUCCCGAGUACUGCCUCGAGAAGCUUGAGGACUGCGCGCAAUACACGGAGUGGGGCUGCCUUGUCAUGGACGACGAGCGCGGGCAGAUUCAGCGCGACACGCCGCGCGAGCUCCUUGCUCCUUGGUCGCAACGUGUCCGCAACGCGGUCACCUCGAGGGGAUCCUUGAACGCUUCGUCGCUCUGCGUCCCCUCGCGCGAGCAUAUGCUCGUGCCCCACCCUUCCAGGCCGUUUCCAGAGCUCUUCCGCCUACCCCGGUUCUUCAGGUGGCUCAUCCCAUUCCACAUCGCGCUCAUGUCAACACCUCGGGGCGGAGACGACAUCGAGGUCCUGGCGGCAGCUCAUCUGGCCAUUCGCCACGUCGUCACCCUGACCGACGAGAUGCCUCUGGACCGGAGUUGGUUCGCACGACGUAACAUUCAGAACACGUUCCUCCCCGUGCCCGACUACCGGCCUCCCACAAUCGAGCAGAUGGAUCUUAUACUUCGUCUUCUGGAAGACCGCAAAAACACUCCCAUCCUCAUUCACUGUGCUGGCGGAAAGGGCCGCGCCGGUACCGUCGCCGCCUGUUACCUCGUCGCCUACGGCUUCGCCCUCCCCGACUCCUCCCGCACGGAACCCGCCAUGACUGCCAAACAAGCCAUCGCCGCUCUCCGCGCCAUGCGGCCAGGAAGUCUAGAAAGCGAAGUCCAGGAAGACUUUGUCACAAAGUACUGCAGCGCCAUCUGGAAGCGCCACGCCAUCCUCCCCGACCUCGUCCCCGAGCCCCCACCUUGCCCCCUGGAGAUCGAAGGCAUCCUCCCGCCCGACGCCGACCUCUUCGUCCUCGUCGGCCUCCCUGGCUCAGGCAAGUCCACGUUCGUCCGCGCCCUCCUCGCGCGCGACCCCCGCGGCUGGACGCACAUCUCGCAGGACGAGUCCGGGAGCCGCGCCGCGUGCGAGCGCGCGAUCGGGCACGCCGCCCACGGCCGCGUCCUCCUCGACCUCUGCAACGUCGCGCGGGCGCGGCGCGCGGACUGGCUCGCGCUCGCGGGGUCGUGGGCGCGCGCGCCCGUGUGCGUGUUCUUCGACUACCCCCGCGCGCUGUGCGAGUCGCGCGCGCAGAACCGCGCGGGCCACCCGACGCUCCCGCCUGGGGGCCGCGUGCGCGCCGCGCUCGCGCAGAUGCACGGGCAGCUUGAGCGCCCGCAGACCGCGGAGGGGUUCGCGGCGGUGUGCGUCGUGCGCUCGUUCGCGGCGGCGGACGCGCUCGUCGCGCGGCUGUCCCCGCCCGUCGGGCUCUUCAAGUUCCCGCGCACGCCGCACCUGCUCGACCUCGGCGCCGCGACGAGCGACGACGUCGUCGUCGCGCGGCUGCCAGCACCCUCCGUCGACGUCAGCGGGGCCCCGGACACGCGCGUCGUCGUCACGGAGAAGGUCGACGGCGCGAACAUGGGCUUCUCGCUCUCCGCGGACCGCGCGUCCGUCGUCGUCCAGAACCGCUCGCACUUCGUCAACCCUGCGUCGCACGCGCAGUUCCGCGCGCUCGGGGCGUGGCUCGCGCGGCACGACGCGGCGUUGCGGCGCGUGCUCGGGCGGGACGCGCUCUUCGCGCAGCGCUUUGUGCUGUUCGGGGAGUGGCUCGCGGCGACGCACUCGAUCGCGUACUCGCGGCUCCCGGGGCUGUUCGUGGCCUUCGACCUGUACGACCGCAGCGCGGACCGGUGGGCAGACCGACGGACGUUGGAGGGGCUGUUGGCGGGGACCGGCAUCCCGCUUGUUCCGCUCGUGCACGAGGGGAGGAUGCUGGAGGAGGAGGAGCUGCGGCGGGCGGUCGAGCGGCCGUCGCUGUUCUACGACGGACCGGUGGAGGGGGUGUAUGUGAAGGUGGAGAGGGAUGGGUGGGUCGUCUCAAGAGGCAAGGUGGUGCGCGCGGACUUCAUCGCGGGCAACGAGCAUUGGUCGAAGGGCCCGCUUCAGCUUAACACUUUGUGCAUCGAGGACAGCGAAUGGUUUUGUUUACAAAACUAG